GCCGCCCCGCGCGGGUGAGGAUGCCGCGGGCAAUGAGUGACAGUGAGCAGGACUGGCUGGCUCUCAGACCCCGGGAACCUUCUCCAUCCCAGUGCUGCGGCGGUGGCUGCAAACCCUGCAUCUAUGAUGUGUACCAGAAGGAGCUUGCACAAUGGGAGAGGGCCAAGGCAAAGCAAGACAAAAGCCUUCUCACGGAAAAGAAGGAGCAGGUCAAUUUACCUCCAUCACAUCCUGGAGCCUGUGCUUUGGUGAGCAGUAAUUCAGUGCUGAAUCCAGAUACAUUCACUGCAUUCAGCGUGAGCUCGGUGGAGCAGCUGACAGAGGACACCUACCAGUACAAAUUUGAAUUACCGGGAAACAGCAGCUUGCAAUUGAGUUUAGGACAACAUAUCGUGUUAAGGGGAGUGGUGAAUGGUUUGGAGGUCCAGCAAGCCUAUACUCCAAUCAGCCCUGGGAAUGCAGAAGGUUAUUUUGAAGUUCUAAUUAAAUGCUAUGAAGCUGGGCUGAUGUCACAAUACAUAAAAACAUGGAAAAAAGGAGACAUGGUCUUUUGGCGUGGACCGUUUGGAGGGUUCCCAUAUAAACCUAAUAAGUAUGGAGAACUCCUCAUGCUGGCUUCUGGCACCGGCCUUGCACCAAUGCUUCCCAUCCUCCAGUCCAAAGAUAAUGAAGAGGAUGAAACCUUUGUAACUCUUGUUGGCUGCUUCCCUACUUUUGACAAAAUUUAUUUGAAACCUCUUCUGCAGGAUUUGGCUCGAUACUGGAACGUCAGAAUAUUUUAUAUCCUAAGCCAGGAAACUUCACUGGAAAAACUUCCUUGGAGCUAUCAAGAAAACACAUAUACUGGUCGUCUCAAAGAAGACUUGAUGAAGACAAUAAUAAAUUCCUGUCGAAGAAGGCCAUUUGUAUUAAUCUGUGGCUCUUCUGCAUUCAAUGAAGAUAUGACUAGAUACUUGAAAGCUGCAGGAAUUGAAGAAAAUUCCUGUUUUGUCUUUUAGCUGGAUAUUCCUGACCUGAGGAACCUUAGGCCGAGCCUUGGACGUCCUUGUUUCUCUGCAGACAUUGCACAAAAUGGGUCAGCUCAGUAGACUGAGUUCCUUGGACGUACACCUUCGUAGGUCUUUUGAUCAACUAUUUGUCUCCAGUAUGAGUCUCACUAUGGAGUGUUUUAAGAACUGUGUGCCAUUCCAGAGUGGCUGCUACAAGGUGUGCCACCCACACCUCAGGGAACAGUGUGGUAUUUUAAUGGAAGUCUUCAAGCGCAAUUUUAAGAGAGAGAUCUCCUGAGGGGGUACUAAAAACCAUCUACAUGCAGGUCUGCUCUAAAAUGGGGACCAGGGACUUGCUUUGCAAUCCAUGUUAUUCUGCAGUGGUAUUGUGCCCUCUUAGAUGUCCAGAGGAGAGAUUUAAUCCUCAGGGAGAAGACUGCCUGGCCAAGGGAACAGCAGAGCACUGGCCUGGCAGUCUGGAGUCUGUGGGCUUCAUUUUGGUUCUGUCAUGUGCUGGGUGAUGUCAGGCAAGUCACUUCAACCUCUCUGUGCCUCAGUUGCCCCAUUAUACACUAAUACAGAGAAGGUGGCACUGAUCUUCUCUGAAAACAACCUUUCCAACCAUAUAUGGAAAAACUGUCCAUAAGGAUGGAUAGUGAUGCCUAGUGAGGACUUAGCAGGCUGAGCUCCUGCCCUGACACAGCCUGCAUUACCUGCCCUGUCCUUAACCCUUGAAAUGCUGCCUGGGAAGACAAAGAGUAUGUCCUAAAACUGAGAGAACAUAGCUGGGUUGUGGCUGCUAUCUGUCAAGGAGGAUGGGUGUUUGCUUUCCAUGUCCCCUAAGUGUUGUAUCAUAGCCCUGGCUCAUUAAAUUGAACCUCUUUUCAAAUAAA